GAUGAGCCCGAUAAACACUCCAGGUGCUGAGGGGAACGCCGCCCGGGCUCUGGGAUGCGCCUCGGUUAGACGAGCCCGAUGACGCAAGGGCUUUACCCAAUACGCUCCGAAAUUGUGAGGGACAGGAUAAUACUUGCAGGGUUUCCUAUGACCAAAAGUGGGCUGCGGACUCUGAAACUGACAGAUAUAACGUGACGGGGCUCCCGGACUUUUUUCUUCCGACUUCGGGAAACGAGCCCAGGAUGACUCCCGGCGCGCUGCUUUGGCUCUCAGCCGUUUUCGGCGCCACGGCGCACCUGGCAGAGCUCGGUUCUGAAGCAGACGUCUCCAACGAGACGCACAGGGAGAGCCGACAAGUUUUUACCACAACGGGCGAGGAGUGCAGGUUCCCCUUCCGUCAGGGCGGCAGGAUCCACCACCGCUGCAUCACCGUCUCUCUGUCCUCGCCCUGGUGCUCUCUCACGCACAACUUUGACCGGGACAGGAGGAUGGGCUUCUGCGCUUUAGGGAGGAACCAGUCGGACGUUCUGGUCCACAGUUCUCGUGGGGUCACAGAUCCGUGUGGGGUCAAUCCGUGUCAGAACGGAGGCGUCUGCGCUCCGGACCGGCCGGAGUGCUCCUGCCCGGAGGGCUUCAGCGGCCAGUGGUGCCAACAGAAGAAGUGCUAUGAAACCGUACACCUGCGCUAUUAUGACACCGGAGAGUCCUGGGGACGGAUCCACCUCCGCAACGUGGAGCAGUGCACAUGCCAGGCCGGGCAGAUCCAGUGUGACAGAGUCCCCUACACCAGGUGUCGCACUAACCCGUGUCAGAACGCCGGGACCUGCCGUCUGAUCACCUCCACUGGGAAGGAGGCCUGCUACUGCAGAUAUGGCUUCGGCGGACCUCGCUGCAGCCUCGAGCCAGAGGCAGGCUGCUACAGGGGCCGGGGCACGGCCUACAGAGGGGUGGCGGGCACCACGCUGUCCGGCGCCCGGUGCCUCCCCUGGAACUCCGACCUGCUCUUCGACGAGCUCCACGUGGGCACGGUGGCCGCGUGGGCCCCCGCGGGCCUGGGCCACCACGCCUUCUGCAGAAACCCAGACGGAGACAAGCAGCCGUGGUGCUACACGGUUAACGACGGUGCCAUCUCCUGGGAGUACUGCGACGUCCCCUCCUGCAGGAUGCCGUUGUCUCGGAGGACCAUCUCGUCCAAUCAGAUCAUGCCCGUCGUCAAAGAGAACGACUCCUCCAAGCCAGCCAGAAGACCCGUCUGCGGGAGAAAGCAUAAGAAGCGGCUGUCCUUCCCCAUGCCCCGGAUACUGGGGGGCACCCCCGCCCUGCCGGGGACCCACCCGUGGAUGGCGGCCAUUUACAUCGGCCAGUCGGACUUCUGCGCCGGCAGCCUGGUCUCCUCCUGCUGGGUCGUCUCAGCCGCACACUGCUUUUUCCGCAACCCCCUGAAGUCUCAGAUCCGCGUGGUGCUCGGCCAGCAUCGUUUCAACGUGAGCAGCCCCAACACCCGGACCUUUGAAGUGGAGACCUACGUCUUCCCGAAGCAGUUCUCCGUCUUUAAUCCCACUCUGCAUGACAUCGUCCUGAUCAAACUGAAGAAGCGGGAGGGGCGCUGCGCGAGGAGAACGCCGUACAUCAGCCCCAUCUGCCUACCGGAGAAAAACACGCUGUUUCCUAACGGCUACUGCUGUGCCAUCAGCGGCUGGGGACACAAGUAUGAGAAGGAGGGGGUCUACUCCACUCUCCAGGAAGGGUUCUUGCGCCUGGUUUCGGACCACUACUGCAAGCGUCCAGACGUGUACGGCAACCACGUGACCUCGGACAUGCUCUGUGCCGGGCUGUCCACCUGUGUGGACGCAUGCCAGGGUGACUCCGGGGGCCCUCUGGCUUGUGCGAAGGAUGAUGUCAGCUUCUUGUACGGGAUCAUUAGCUGGGGGGAGGGCUGCGGCCGCCUGAGGAAGCCUGGAGUUUACACAAAAGUGGUCAAGUACAUCGACUGGAUCCACUCGGUCAUCAGGCCCAAAUCCAGAAAGCACAUCAUUGGGACAUUAACUUAAAGUGUGUGGGAUACUGUAAUAUAUAUAUAUAUAUAAAUAUACAUAUAUAAAUGUAGUAUUAUUUUAUUUUUGUGAUAAAUUUGGAAGUCA